UUGAAGUUCGGAAGUCCACACGCACGAUCAUACAAAGGUGUGGAAAUAAAAAAACUUUUGAUGAUUGAUUUGACUUUUUGUUACCUUUGUGAGUUGACUUUGGUAGACUUUCCCAAGACUCCCUAUUGGACUUGUCAUGAAUACGGUGAAGAAGAUAACAGCAAAAGAGGAAAAGAAAGCCCAGGCUUAUUUUGAUCACUGACUGAAUGAAGAGAGGGCCUCUGCCACCUAAGCUCAAGCUCUCUCUCCCUCCUCCUGAUCAAGUUUGUCCUUCCGAAUUUCUGACAGAGUCUGGGACGUUUAAGGAUGGCGAUUUGUUGGUCGACAAAAAUGGAGUUCGACUUGUCUCCCAGUCCCAAGCUGAAGCUCCACUCACAGUUCAACCAUCAGAGUCAGAGAACCUAUUGAGCUUAGAUGACUUUGAAGCAAUUAAGGUUAUUGGUAAGGGAAAUGGUGGUGUUGUGCACCUGGUUCGACACAAAUGGACCGGACAAUUUUUCGCUCUCAAGAUAAUUCAAAUGAAUGUUGAAGAAGCUGCCCGAAGACACAUUGCACGAGAAAUAAAAAUCAACCAAUCGUCACAAUGCCCAUAUAUUGUUGUAUGUUACCAAUCUUUCUAUGAUAAUGGCGCGAUUUCCUUAAUCUUGGAAUAUAUGAAUGCUGGAUCUCUUGCCGAUUUUCUCAAGAAGGUUCACAUUAUUCCGGAACCGUACCUGGCCGCAAUUUGUAAACAGGUACUCAAAGGCUUGUGGUAUCUUCAUCAUGAGAAGCACAUUAUUCACCGAGACCUGAAGCCAUCAAAUCUGCUAAUAAACCACAGAGGUGAAGUGAAAAUCACCGAUUUUGGUGUUAGUACUAUUCUGGCUAGCACGUCUGGUUUAGCCGACACGUUCGUCGGCACAUAUAUCUACAUGGCUCCAGAGAGAAUAAGUGGGAGCAACUAUGGUUAUAGAAGUGAUAUGUGGAGCCUCGGUUUGGUUUUGCUAGAGUGCGCGAUGGGUCAUUUCCCUUACUCACCACCAAAUCCACAAGGAUGGAAAGCUUUUUACGAGAUUAUGGAUACUAUUGUCGAUCAACCCGCGCCUUUUGCACCUUCUGAUGUGUUUUCUCCUGAGUUUUGUUCCUUUAUAUCAGCCUGUGUGCAGAAAGAUCCUAAAGAUAGACUGUCAGCAAAUGAGCUAAUGGCGCAUCCUUUCAUUACUAAGUACGACAAUCUUGACAUUGAUCUCGCUCUUUACUUCACCAUUGGAGGAUCUUCGCGCACCACAGUGUAAUAAUGAACAUGUACGAGGAUUUUUUUUUAGCUUAUCUUACCAAGAAUCUGUUUAAUAGAGAUUUUUGCUUUUAAUCAUCCUCUUCUGUGAACGCUCAACUUGUUAUCAUCAUGUUGUUUGUUGUGUAUAAAGUGUUGCAUUGAUUAAUGAUGUGAAUUUGGAUGUACUUUUCACUCGGUGUAUUGUUAUAUAGGGUGCUUGUAGUAAAAUACACUAUACACUAUUUCAGCUUUCAUGAGAUGUUUUUCUGUGUAAGGUAUUGGAAUAGUGCAAUUAGUAAUACAAAUGCCGAAAUCAAGAACUUGG